CGGCGGGCGAGGCGAGCUGGUCAGCUCAGUCCGGGCACGGGCUCGGGGCGGCACGGAGCAGGUCCAGGACGGGCGGCAUUGGGGCAUCGUCCGAGGCGGAGAGAUGAAAGCACCCUACUCGCUGUCCUGCCUCUUCCUCCUGAGUCUGGGGGCCUGCUUCCCUCCCAGCGAGCUGCAGGAGCAGGGACACCCCGGGGAAGGGACCCCGCUCAAGCCCAGCUGGGAAGCGGCGUUUGAGGACUUGGGUGCCGGCUGGAGGGCAGGAGCAAAGCGGAGGCGAAGCGAGGAGCCGAGCGCGCUGCUGGGCAUCGUGCGGGAGCUGCGGGGCUACGGCAAGGAGGGGACCGGGCAGCGGCCGGGCAGGCAAGGGGGCUCCGAGCUGCUGCCGGCGGGAGGGUUGAAGCGCAGCGGCACGCUGGGGAACCUGGCCGAGGAGCUCAAUGGCUACAACAGGAAAAAAGGGGGCUUCACGUUCCGCUUUGGGAGAUGAGAGCCCAGACUCGACCCCCCAGCUCCUGCGGGUCACCCCGUCCCGUCCUUCCCUUCCAUCUCACCUAGGUUCGCUCGGACAAAAGAGUAUCGGGGGGGGUUUGCUGCUGGGAUUGCCUUGGGGAGGAGGGACACCGCGUUUGCUCCACUUGCAGCCCUGCUCCAGAUCUCAUGUCCCUGUUUCCAGCCGGUGCAAUGGAAGAAGAGGAGGGUGCCUUAAAAAGAAGCCACCGUGUCCCUUCCCCGGUCACGCGUGGCCUUUGCUGGGGCACAGGGAAAGGGCCCUGCGCUGGGUCUCCAGCGCCGCGGCGCAGGCGGAGAGCAGGGAUGCCACAGUAGGACAGGCGGAGCCGGCAAGGCCAGGGGCCGAGGCUGGAGGGUUGAAGGGUUACAGCGGGAUAGUCCUGGUGGUGACAGUCCCCUGGGGCUUGCCUGUAGCUGCCAGCCAGGGCAGGGCUGUCGGGGAGGAGCAGGUCCCUCAGAGCUCUCUGCAGAGUCACAGAGUUGCUGCUCUCCUGCCUAUUAAGGAAAAGUCCCUCCGGCAGCAAAUUCUGCUUAGUGUCAAGAUGCCACUUACAAGAGCCGGCUCCUGCGUGCAAACCAGGCCAGAGCAGCAGGGUUCGAGAAAAUUUUGUCCUUAGAAAUCCCUGGCGUGAGCACGGAAACCUGCCCUGGCAUCACCAGUGCUGCUGCAGUCCCACCGCCCCGCUCACCCCCCCGACCUCAGGUGCUGUCGUAGUCCUCACCAGGGUGAGACGGCGACGACCGACCUUCAGCGUCCUCGUCACAUCCCCCCAGCACUUGCCUGAAAGCCUGCCCCUUCCUAACCCCCUCCUGGCCUCACCUCCACCUAUUCCCAGCUGUAGCUGCUGCAGAAACUUGGGUGCAGAAGGGCUGAAACAAGGACCCCUGCGCCUACCCGGGACCACCAACGGGUGCUCGGUGUCCUUCUGCUCUCCAGUCCCCUCCGCUGCCAACGGUGCAGCUUGGGAGAAUCGCUAGCCCCAAAAGGCAGCACAGCCACGGCUGCGAAGGACAAGCCCCACUCUACAGCAAUUGCCUUCUCCUUUGGGUAGAUUUAGUUCUGCCAACGCCAAUGCCAUUUGCUUUUGUGCCUGCCGCUGCAGGCAAAGGUAUUAGUAAUCAGAGGUCUAACUACCUGGCUUGCAGGCACUAACGGCAAGUUAGACACCUAAUGACUGUUAAUAUUUCAUUGCAGGCACAAAAAUGAAGCAGGGCAAUGAUUUGCAAGCGCUA